AUGGCGUCUGCCGGCAAGGUGGAUCAGGUCAGCGCUACGCCCACCAUCGACGCCGGCCUGGCGCACGCGCUCCUGAGCUCUGAGAGCGGCGGCCACGCCUACGUCGAUGUGAGGUUGCCGGAGGAAUUCGACAAGGAGCACGCCGAUGGCGCCCGCAACGUCCCUUACUACCUCGCCGUCACUACCCAGGGGAAGGAGAAGAACCCGCGAUUUGUGGAGGAAGUAGCCGCGCUCUACGGGAAGGAACAGCACUUGAUCGUGGGUUGCCAAACGGGAGUGCGAUCCAAGCUCGCGACUGUGGACCUCGUAAACGCGGGGUACGAGAACGCGAGGAGCCUGCAAGGUGGCUACGUUGCAUAUCUCCAGAGCGCAUCACCAGAUCAGCAGUAA